UUGCAGUUGCAGCUUUAAGAUGAAUUGAUGAAAUGCAAGUGUAUUCGGACACAUUAAUCAAACAUGAUAGAUUUGUACUUUAUAUGUUCGCACGCUGCUGGUUUCAGUGAUUACGUUCAGAAUAAAUACCAAGCAGCAAGGAAUCGAAUUUGGAGAAUAGACACGUCUUGUUGAUUAAAUCACAACCCACCCACACCCACCCCCCUUCCGCCCAACAUACACACAAUUGGCAUCUAGUAUAAUAUUAAAGAGGCUGAGUGAGUUUGAGUUCUAUCAAAUCUUUAUUAGGAAUCCGAUUUCUUCAUCGGGUGACGCUGUGACAUUUCACCUGAUCUGCGGGAGCCUUCAAUUCUUGCGCUGCUCUAUUUUUUUAAAAAAAUAAGAAAACGUGGGGAAAUAGUGUGCGGGUUGCAUACCUGGCCAGAUCGCCGGCGCCUGUCACAGGUUGGAUAUUACCCGCCCCUGAGAAAGAGAGAGAGAAAAAAAAAUGCAGAAGGAAUAACUAAUGAAGAAAUCGGGCUGAAAAGGAGGAGAGGAAGAAGCAGUGGGCUGGCGUUUUAAUUUGCUUUCGAAAUCGCGAAGCGUUGUGGAGGAGGGUGUGGGAGUGUGUGUAUCUAUCUAUCUGUCUGUGUAUGUGGUGUGUGUGGAGGCUGCGGCGGCCCGUAGUACAGGAGAUCUCGGGAGGAGAGCAGCUGGACCGCUGUAGUCAGCUGUGGCCCGUUGGAAGCUGCAGCAGCCCCGGAGCGAGCGAGCCCAUCUCCCCGAGCCCUGGAGCACCGCCUCCCGGCCACCUGCACCACACUGGGGACUGUGACCUUGAGCUGAGCAGCGGCGGCGGCCCCAUUCGCACUUCUGCUUUCACUGGAGGAGGAGGAGGGGGGCAGAAACAAAAAGGGGAAAACAAAACAUUUCUCCCUCUGUUUACACUUCAUGGGGAUGUGUUCAAGGCAGGAGCGGAUACAGACAGACAUAGACAGCGUACUCCAGAGGUGCAAGGCGGACAAGGACUGUCUGUUUUCCGAUUUCAGAUAUUCUGAUUCCACCUUCACCUACACAUACACAAGAGGCUCGAAGAGGGUGUCCUAUUCAGUUCAUGUCUCCGAGGAUUAUCCAGACAAUACCUAUGUGUCAAAUUCAGAGAAUGACGAUGAUGUGCUAGUCACAAGAGACCCCAUUCCAGUCAUUUUCCAAAGAAUAGCAACAGAAUUACGGAUCAAUAAUGAUGCCACAAGUUGCCUGUCGGUCAGAACAAAACUGCACAAUGAAAGGUGUCAGGAGUCCAGACACAGCUGCACAAUAGAAGAGGAUUCAGAAGGAGACAAUGAUUCAGAAGAAUUUUAUUAUGUGGGUCAGGGUAACUAUGAUGGAGAACUUCAUAAGCAUCCACAACUUGAAGCUGACCUGGCAGCUGUGAGAGAGAUCUAUGGGCCUGGAGCAGUAUCCCUCAGGGAGUAUGGAGCAAUUGAUGAUGUGGACAUCGAUCUGCACAUUGACGUCAGCUUUCUUGACGAGGAGAUUGCUGUUGCCUGGGACGUAAUUCGCACAGAACCUGUGAUAGUACGACUGCAUUGCUCUCUCACACAGUAUUUAAAUGGUCCAGUUCCAACAGUUGAUGUUUUCCAGACAUCUACAAAGGAUCGAUUCGGACUGGGACAUCAAUUAAAAAAAAUUAUGCAGACUUUUGUUACACAUCAGUGGAAACAGAACAGCAAAGAGAAGCUCAACUGUCCCCAUGGUAAAAAGAUUAGUGAGAAGAAAGUGAAAUCCCCUCUACACAUUUUUUCAUCAUUGCGCAGGUCGCCAAGUUAUCCUCCACCUGGAUGUGGCAAAAGCAAAUCAAAGUUGAAACCAGAGCAGGAUGGAAUUACCAAGUCUCAGAAACUGUUAAAGAGGAGCUGUUCAAAUGCUAUCAAGGUGGAAGAUGGCUGUGACUCCAAACCCCACAAACCUCUUGGCCGUAGCUUCACCAGUGACCCCAGAGCUGAACAGGCUAAUUCUACAAAGCCACAUAAACUUUUAAGUCGGUCAUGCUCUGCUACUAUGAGGCUAGAUGAAAAUCUUCCUUUGAAGCCCCAUAAGUUGCUGAGCAGGACAUGUUCUGGAGAUCCCAGAUGUGAGCACAACAGUGCCCCAAAGCCUCAUAAGCUGCUGAGCAAAUCAUGCUCCAGCACUUUGAAGACAGAGGACUCAGAUGGACUGAAACACCACAAACUGCUGAGCAGAUCCUACUCUAGCAAUGCCAAAGUGGGUAAAACGGAGCUAUGUAAAGAACCCACUUCUGAGGGUAGAAGACUCUCACUUACCUCAGGUCUUAUUGGCAUAUUAGCGCCUUCCUCUUCAUCACAGCCUACAUCUGGCUAUAAUGCGAGAACACUAGUGUCAAGGGAGCAUGGGUUUCUCGUACAGACCAUUGAGUAUGCAGAGCAGCGGAUACCAAUCCUCAAUGAGUACUGCGUGGUGUGUGAUGAACCCCAUGUCUUUCAGAAUGGACCAAUGCUCCGGCCCACAGUAUGCGAGCGAGAGCUGUGCGUAUUUGCAUUCCAGACUUUGGGUGUAAUGAAUGAAGCUGCAGAUGAAAUUGCAACAGGGGCACAGGUGGUGGAUUUGCUAGUGUCCAUGUGCCGAUCUGCUCUGGAAUCUCCCAGAAAAGUAGUCAUUUUUGAGCCAUAUCCAUCUGUAGUGGAUCCCCUUGAUCAUCGGAGCCUGGCAUUUAAUCCUAGGAAAAAAGAUUAUGAACGAUUAGUUAAAGCACUGGACAGCAUCACAUCCAUCAGGGAAAUGACCCAGGCACCAUACUUGGAAAUCAAGAAACAAAUGGACAAGCAGGAUCCUCUGGCACAUCCUCUGUUACAAUGGAUAAUUUCCAGUAACAGAUCCCAUAUUGUAAAAUUACCUGCAAACAGGCAACUAAAGUUCAUGCACACUCCACACCAGUUCCUGCUCCUUAGCAGUCCACCGGCCAAAGAAUCCAAUUUCAGGGCAGCAAAGAAACUUUAUGGGAGCACUUUUGCAUUUCAUGGCUCACAUAUAGAGAACUGGCACUCCAUUUUAAGAAAUGGUUUAAUUGUUGCAUCAAAUACGCGAUUACAGCUUCAUGGUGCAGUGUACGGGAAUGGCAUCUACCUUAGCCCAUUGUCAAGUAUUUCUUUUGGUUACUCAGGGAUGAAUAAAAAGCAGCAGAAGGUGGCAGCCAAGGACGAACAGCCUUCAAACAAUAAAGCAGCCACUUUACAGUCACAGAAAAAAGGACAGCAACCCCAGUUUUUGCAAAGUCGUAACCUAAAGUGUAUAGCCUUAUGUGAAGUGAUUACUUCACCAGAUUUGCACAAACAUGGAGAAAUUUGGGUAGUUCCACAAACAGAUCAUGUCUGCACAAGAUUCUUUUUUGUUUAUGAAGAUGGCCAAGUGGGCGAUAUCAGUACGAACACACAAGAACCAAGCAUACAUAAAGAAAUUCUUCGGGUCAUUGGAAAUCAGACAGCAACAGGUUAAAAGAAUCACGCAUCGUCACUGACUGGAUCAGAAUACCUUUUCUGGCGUUUAAGCUGCAGUGCAGUUUUGAACUAAAAUAUUAACAAUCUGAUUUCAAAUGCACAAAAAUGAGAUUUUGAAUAACGCACUUUAAUUUUCAGAUUUCUUACCUGAACCCAACAACAUGUUAGUAAGUAAUUCCAAGUCUGGGGUAUAGGUUUUAUCAGAUGGUGAUUUUAUUAUUUUAAAUUUUCCUGAAAAGAUUGACCCAAAUUUUAUUCAACUUUGGCACUGAUGGAGCAUUGAGCGUGAGGUUGAAUGCAGUUGCAGCCAGGUUGUGCUCCUGUGCUUGGUCAAACUGUGGGUCCUGACAAAAUGUAGAACUGUGUAGUAUCUGAAAUAAAUGAUAUACAAUGGGGCUUGUGGGGAAUACUUGAGGAAGAAAGUAAAUUUCCUUAGGCAUCAUCUGAUUCAAGGAGCCAUUUUCUUUCCACAUUUGUCAAGCUUUUUGUUUCUUUAUUCAUAAAAUUCUCUAAGUUUUAGGAAUGAUGAUAUAAUCCUGUCUCUUCAGGGACAGGAACCUGUAUUUUAAAAAGUCAGUGUGUGUUAUAACACCCUGGCUGUGCCAGUCAAACCAUGAUGAUAUCUGUUUUGAAAAAUAUUAUAUUACAAUGGCAAAAAUAAAUUAUUUCAAAAAACUGCCUGGGGUGCUUUGAUUGCAGGCCUAAGUGGAGCCAACCCCUUUCUAACGUGCCAUAGAGAGGCCACCUUUUAUAUGAAAAAGACCCUUUUUUAAACUCCUGGUGGUGAUUAGCAUUGGUGCUGGCUACCUCUAUAAAUUCCUUUUAAAAGAAAGUAAAGGUAAUAAAAUGUCAGCACAUUGAGAAAUGGUAUGCCAAAAUGUACAUUUUUUAAAAUAGAGCUAUCGUGCAAAACUUUAGCACAUUGAAACAAUAGAAGAUAUUCAUUUUGAUAUCUUGACUGGUCCAAAAAUAUAACACUUUAUGUUUCCAUAAAAGAGGCUCAUUUAUGUUGAAAAUAAGGAUUGGUCUUCAAUGCUAUCGCUAAAGAGAGAAAAAAAGUUAUAGUACUGUUGAACUGUUUUAUCAUUUGUUGUUGCGAAACAAAAGUUCUUUACAGACAGUACCCUCUCACUUCUAUCUCCUGAAUGGAAUCAAUGCAUUGCUCUUAAACCUUUAAAAUUCUAGCAGUGUUGAAUUCCCUACUGAUAAAUUUCUGGGUGAGAUUUACUGGGUUUUGAUGGUUAUUAUGUACAAACAAAAAGGAGAAACAACAUUUUUCAUAACUACUUUGUGCAGUAUUGUCUGAUCUUAAAGUAAAGCAUGUGGAUGUGGCCAAAUGACAUCAAAUUGAUGAUGUCAUCAUCACAUGACAUAAUAAUUGGCUUCUAAUUUGAAAAGUUUAAUUUUGCAAGUAACAUUUUGUUGUAAUGUUGGGUAUUAUAUUUGUAGUACAAUACCCUCUUCAAUCUGUCAUGUAAGUAAGAUAAAACCAUGCUAACCAUGGCUUUAUUCAAACCUUGUGAAAAGAAAUUAAGAAAGUAUUUUGUUUAUAUGUAUUAAUGUAUGUCACAUGUUGAUUUGUAGAGGGAUUUACACUGGAGAGAGUUAUACAGUCUGUGUUGUUUGUGUUAUAAUAGUGCAGAUAGGGAAGUGAUGGCAUGGAGAGAGCAUUGCAAUAUUUAUAUUUUUCGUUAAAGUUGUUCAAAGUUACAGACUCAAUAUAGAUACAAGCACAAAACAAUGCAUAUUCCACCCUUCUUUAUCAAAUACAUUCAAAAACAACAUUUACUUUGAAACUUCAAUUUCAAAGUCUGAGAAAUAGCACUGUUCAGAAUGUUUGCCCUGUUCCAUUUCUCUUUGCUGUCUCCCUUCAUAUUGGUGGUACCUGCUUCAGCUUAAGACAGUAAAAAAAAUCAGGUAUGGAAAAAGUUUACAAAUCAAACUUUCUAUAGACUUGAGAUUGUUUAAAAUACAAAAUACCAUCCUUUGAAUACAUCUUACAUUAGCAUUGUCCAUUGGAUUGUCUUAAUAUUUAUGUCAUUUUUAAAACAGUCUUUGUUGCUACAUUUUUCAAAGUUUGAGGAUGUCUAUUAUAAACACCUAUAUGUAACAAGAAAGGUAUGCAAUGUAAACUUCAAAACUGAUACCAAUGGCUUCAGCAUAUAUUGUCAACUUAGACCUUUUUGUCAAAAUGAAUAAGGUUUGAUGGGAUCUCUAGUCAUUGUCAUUUGGUUAAAAAAAUCAUAACAGAAGUUUACUGUUCUUAAUCAUGGUUUAAAAUAUGUUUAAAAUUAUAUUUAUGUUCUGCAUUUUAGGAUAUGUCACUUCUUUCGUCCACUUUUGGAUUUUGUUUAUAUUGUUUCUUGUACGUUAUCAAUUCACCAGUCCAGCACUCUCUGGAUCUUCACAGUGCAGUUCAUAGGUCCUCGGUGAGGAACUGGGGUUAACUAUUCAGGCAAUCAGUACUGCACAUUUAAAAUUACCCUGACAAAUAACUUGGGAUAUAUAUAUUUAUAUUGGAACUCCAGCAGUUAAUAACUCUUAAUGAUUUUGUUUUGGAUUAAUUAGAGGUGGAAUCUAAUUUCAGUGGAGGCACAAAAUAGAUGGUAAUGAAUCAAAAUCAAUGGAAAUGAAAAUCAAACAGGGUGAAGUUAAUGCCUAGUCUGUGCCCCUGCCAAAGUGGAAUUUUAUCCAUAAUAUUUUUAUUCUGUAUCAUGCAGCAGGUGGCACUUAGAUCUUUCAUAAUAUCUGACUAAGCUUUGGUUCCAGUAUAUUGUACUGUGAGGAGUUGCCUACAGUUCCAUUCCAAUUACAAUCAUGAUAAAGUGAACAGUUUGCUUUGAAUAGCAUAUUUAUUUUGUUCACGCUAAGUAAAAUUGUGUUUUUAUUAAAGGAUCCUUUAUUGCUAAUUAAGUAAGUUAAAACAAUUCUCCUCAUUGAUGUAAAGUAAAAUUGACAGUAAGAUGUGCUACCUGAGCCAUUUGAGAUAAAAGAAGGUGCAAUAGCCAUUUCUUUCCAUCAAUAUUUUGAACACCACCCAAUGGUGUUUCCGUACUGACACGCUAGAAAAGCCUUUUUCAUAAAUGUGAAAGGUAUGCAAGUCAGGUGCCCUUUUUAUAGACCAUCAAAUCCGGCAGCAUCAUUGCCAACCUUAUCUCCAAAAGCACCAAGAGAAUAUAAUUCCUAAUUGUCAGCUGGAAUUCUGUCACCAGGGCUCUUGACUCUACCCCCAAGAGCUACUAGCCAGAGGCAGGCAGUUCUCAGUUACCAGAAACGUCUAAUUGGCUGCUGCCAGUCAUCCACUUGGGCCUUCACCAGAAAUCCAUAGAGAAAGGUAAUGGGGUGCAAUAGUGAUGAUGGGGUUCAAGUCACUGGUGAGGGUGGGAGUAUGGUGGUAGUAGAAGACUGGAGGAUACUCAGAGCUGGUAACCCCUUCUGAAUGCCAGGUUCUUCAAUUGGGCACCGAGUGUCUCUCUAAAAAGAAUAGAUCCCUUCUAGAAUCCACCAACCAGUCUGCAGGCAAACUGACAUGGUUUUCUUGAUGGAAAAAUGUGGAGUCUGCUGGCAAGAAGAGGGCCUGAAUUCCGCAUUAAUUUCCACUUCAGUUGCACACUGAGUGAAAUGACAGCCUGCAAGUCUUCUUGCCUCAGACUGGGAGUUAUGAGAAUAGGAUAUCCACACUGCACCAUUCUCCCCCCCAAAUCAAAUAACUCAAGUGCCUGUGUAUUUCUCUGAAUUCACACACAGGAGCAUUAAAUUUCACCCCAUGUGCAAAUGGCUGUGGUAGAUGUUUGCAAGAGUGACAGGAACUCCAAUACAUUUGGCAGUGUUUCAGUGUAUUAAUUAUUAUUGUGGUGUGUUGUGAAAUGUGUUUUUGGAAUGUAGAAUGCCUUUUUGCAUAGCUAAUUGUUGUUUUUAUAAGCCUAGCCUUUGAAUACACACUGAAAGAGUGCUCCAUACUUGGAGCUACUGUCUAUCAGGAGAAAUAAUACAUUAGGGCUCCAUCUACCUGAUCUUGUGGUCCAGGUGGAUGUAAAAGAUGUUUCAUUGUGCUCCAGAGAAGAGCAGUGAUUUUUUUUCCCUGAUCCAGGUCUUCUAUUCCUAGGUCAAUGAGUGGGAUCUUACUGUUCCCAAAUUGGCUGCCGCGUUUACCUACAUAACAUCUUCUUGCAUUUCAAAAGUUAUUCCCUGGUUAUGAAAUACUUUGAAAUCUCCUUUAAUUAUAAUAUGGAGGUAUAUAAAUACAAAUUCUGUAUUUCUCCUUCCUCUUCGGCAUUUCCACAAAGUGCAGAAGUGAAGUUGAACAAAUUUCAAGAUGAAACAUGUAUAGUACUGCACUGUCAACAGGAGAAGAGUGGAAGAAUGCUGACUUGUUUGAAGCUAAUAUCACUGUGAUGAAACCUGACCUUGAAGCUAAGUGACACAUUCUCAUUAGUUACAAGAGAGACUGAAAUGACGAAACUUUGAAUUUGGUAAGAGCUAAAUGAAGUAAUGUCCAUGGAGAUGGGAGACCGUGUUCCAGUCUCUACUGGUUGCAACUCUGCCAGGGUAUCCAGAGGCCUUUGACACACGCUAUUAGGAAAGGAUCAAAAUGGGGACUAGUUGAUCAGUAAUGAAAACAGAUCUACUGGGAUGAAAGACAGCGAGGUAAUCAUUGAUGGCAAUAAACUGUUGGAGAGAUGGGUGAAACACUAUCUUGAGUUGUACUUUAGAGAGAACAUUGUCUCCAAGGAGACUCCUGACACCAUAGAACACCUAUAGCAAAGCUGGAGAUCAGAACCUAAAUGGAGGAGUUUGAAACCGGCACAAUCUUUGUGUCUGCUUCAGGGAGCAGGCUGCUCCCAGGCAUCUGUACAAUGUAGAUUGCAAUCCUGUACACAUUUAGCUUCAAUGAUUACAAUAGCCAUUGAGAUAUCUCCCUGCUGAGCACCAUAGAAAAAAUAUUUGAUUAUUCUGUCACUUCAGAUCUAGCUGAACAUGUCUAUCCCGAGGCAAAAGUAAGGAUUGCAGAUGCUGGAAACCAGAGUUUAGAAUUCCUGAUGAAGGGCUUUUGCCCGAAACAUAGACUUUCCUGCUCCUCGGAUGCUGCCUGACCUGCUGUGCUUUUCCAGCACCACCCAUGUCUAUCCCGAGUCUCACUGUUGUUUCAGAGCUGAAAGAUCCCCAAUGACAUAACCUUCUCAGUCCAGCAGCUAUGAGAAAAAAGUCAUGAACAAAGACAAUCUCAUCAAUCUCACCAGAGCAUUUGAACAUGUGAGCAAAGGCUAUCUGAGGUGUUGGAGACUAUUUCCUGCCCAGUGGGAACCACUCAUUGUGAUCCCUUUCCAUAACAACAUGAUGGGUACUGUCAGCUUUGCUAGGACAACAGCAGACCAGUUGAAAUUCACAGUGCAGGUCAAACAGGAUUGUGUUCUGGUAAUGACGAACUUUGUCCUGUGAUUUUCUUUGCUGCUAUCAUAUGUCUUUGGGUCAUUUACUGGGUGUCUCCUUGUAUAUUAGCACAGAUGAAAAAUUCUUCAAACUUGCUUGCCUGAAAUCCAAGACAAAGGUACACUAGGACAAUGCUGCACUAAGAUUCCCUACUGAGGAACACACAGUGACAAAUGGAUAGGUCCCCUCAUGCGUGUAAUAGUUUGGUUUGACCAUCAGCAUGAGGAAAAUAAAUUAGAUAGUCAAGGAUGUUGGUAUGCCACCAUCUUUAAGCAUCAACAAUAUAAUGCUGGCAGUUUUUGGUAUACCUUGGCUCCACAGUCACCAGCAGUGAUGGUAGAAUCCAUUACAAAAGCUGCAGCUGCUGUUCCCGAAUAAGAGUGCUUGGAAUUCGAGCAUCCUGGCUGAGAACACCAAACUGUGUCCUCAGCACACUCCACUACUGCAGGGAAGUCUGGACAACACAUGCUAGGCAGGAGAAAAGGUUAAACAGUUUCCAUCAUCACUAAGGUGUAAUCUCUUGACAGAGAAAGGUGACCAACUCGGAGGUCCUGCAGUGUCUAAUUCAAUCUGUGUACACUCAGUACUGAGCCAACCAUAUUUGUGCUGGCAUGGCUAUGUUCACUGUAUGCAUGAUGGCCCUCUGUCCUUUGUACAUAAAUUGGCCACCUUCUGGGCCACCUUUACCAUAAAGAUACUUAUUGACAUUAACAACUUGCACACAGUUGCUGAUGCCAGUGGCCUCUGGAGGCUGACUGUUUGGAAAAAAUGACAAGCUGAGUUGGAUGAGAAGUCAUCCCAUGAAAAACAGAAAUUAGUAGUUCCUCAGUUCACUGUCUUCCUGGUGCAAAAAAAGGGGCAGAGAUUAUCAUUUUGGAUUGAGACUCCUGAGCCACAUCAGGUGAAUCUUAACACAGAGUUGACAAUCAUGGCUUAAAACAAGGUCUUGCAAGAUUGAAUUGGGCUACCAUAUAUCAAAUUUACCAUGCCAUAUAACCAUAUAUUUCUUACAAAGUGCCUCAUUAUUUUGGAAUAUCUCCAUGUGUUUCACAUCAUUAUUUAAAAGUGUGAUUUUUAAAAAAAAAAAUUGACUAAUGCUGAUUAAACAAAAGGUCUUUGCAGUGAAUAGCAGAAACCUUUGCUAGUCACUGAACAUGUCUAAGAAAUAGUUUAAGUUUUAGGUUAUGAUUUUAUGUCUACAUCAGGGGAGAAAGGAUAAUUUAUUUAUCAAUUUGAUUUGAUUUCCACAUAUUAUGUUCCAGUUCUUCAGUUCAAAAGAUGGUCUUUGAUAUAACUCUUGAACGUUGUAUGUGAAGAUGAAGCAAUUUACCUUUUAGAGCAGAUGGUGUAGACUGCAUUUGGUCUGGAUGCAUUUCUUCUCAGAGUGCUUUCUAUAGUUUACCACAAAUGACAUGCUGCAACCAUUGCUUCCAUCUCCACACAGAGGGCUGCACUAGUCACAAUUUACUCAUGCUCCGGGGCACCUGACAUGUGUCUAUAAUGAUGUGGAUGCCCAUUGGCCAAGCUAAAGUGAAAUAAUUUUCUUCUGGUGGAAAAUGAAAAAAAAAAGUAGCUUGUAUCCUCCUAUCAAGAAGAAAUAACCAAGAGAAGUGGUGCUCUAUCCACCCAAGUAAUGAGGUAUACAGUAAGCUACCUCUACCCUGAAAGAGUGCAAUUUGCAUCAUUUUGUAAUACUCUAUUUUUGCUUGUUGCACUUAGUUCACUACAGUUAACAAAUUGACUGUACAGUUUAACUGCAAUGUAAGAGGUUAAGGAUGUAUGCUUGGCACACAAGUAAAUAGAGUGAUCCAUUGCUAGAUGUUGUGAGAAAUGAUCUGAUCAAAAUGUUGCAUGAGCAAUGCAGUAUAUUUUGUGGUAAAGCUGCUGAGAAAUUAUAUAUUUUUUCAAAAUAAUUUGGAUAUAGUGAUGUACACGUCAAAUUAUCUGAUUGAUAAGUUUAUAAUUCUAUCACUCGGUUGUGCUUUCUUGUGCGCAUUUGAGCUCCUGCGGGUCUGCUAUCACACUGGAGCAUUAUUAGCAUUGUUUUAUAGGGAUGUUUGGUUCGGGAUGCUAGUGUGUCAAGAUUGUACAUCCUGUCUCAGCUGACAAUCUGAACCUUUGUUUUUGUCCCAAUGUUGCUGCAAGAAUUUCUUUUCGUUUUUCAUGAAAUGGUAAUCAGCUGAUAUUUUGGGGGAAAAAACACAAUUGCUUGUGUGCCUUUCUGUAACUUUAAGUGAUUGUAAUUAAAUUAAAAGCUCUGGGAUGACAUUAGAUUUUUGCAGUAAUGCAAAAUUAGUGAAAACAAAUUGACAGUCUGUUUUCACACUCUGCUCAAUUUUCUUUUCUAUUUGUGGUGUCAGGCAGGGUAUAAAAGGCCUGAUAAAUCUCAAAAACUUGGUUUUGCACAACUUGAUGAGGGCAGAGCAGUGCACUUGAUCUAUAUGGACUUCAGUGAGGCAUCUGACAAUGGUCCUUGUGGUAGACAGCUUAGCUAGGAAUAUCAGGAGAACUAACUAUUUGGAUACAGAGCUGGCUCGAAGGUCAAAGACCAAGGUUGGUGGUGGAAGGUAGCUUUUCAGACUGGAGGCCUGUGACCAGCAUUGUGCCACAAGGAUUGGUGCUGGGUCCACUGCUUUUCGACAUU